AUGAUCGGGGAGGCUGAUCGUCGCCGUUAUCUCGGGUGUCCCUGCUUUCCGUCCGACGGCCCAAGUUCCUGUCGACCUUUUUCCAUCUCUCAUGAGUUGACGCCGACCAUCCUGAUCGGCAACGCACACGGGAUGAUGCCAGUCGCAACAAAGAUGGGUCUACCCGGCGGCCCUAUCACGCCAGCCGCAUCCAAUGCUCUCUCACAUGUUCCUGCGAUUGAAGCCGUCCGACGGGGAUCUUCAUCCACCUGCCGCCCUUGGCUCGUCGGACGUCUCUCUGUUGACACUUCUACAUUGACUGGUCGCCCCGAUCGACUGUCUAUCAUGGCUUAUUCUGGCCCGGCGGCUGGGGUUUGA